GCGCUCUCGGCUCUCACUGACAGCAGCACGCUUACAACGACUACAAGCAGCGCCAUCUAGCGGCCACAGAGCGCACCGUACGGUCCUGUGACAGCUGAUCCUGAGCGCUCCUAGUGCCAUCUCCUGUGCCACCAGCUACUCACAUGAGCGCCCUGUCCAUGAGCCUGGAGCCUCGCUGUGUGUCUCCCUAUGCCGGCUGGUGCAUGGAGCCCACUAACUUCUACGAGCAGAGAGUGAGCGGCUCCCCUGCUCUCUGCAAGCCUCGGGCCAUGUGCGAGGAAACGGAGCCUCCGGUGAGCAGCAGCAGCCUGGCAGAGCUGAGCGCUGCCUCCGCCAUCUACGACGAUGAGAGCGCCAUAGACUUCAGCUCCUACAUUGACUCCAUGUCGUCUGUGCCCAACCUGGAGCUGUGCAACGACGAGCUGUUCCUGGACUUGUUCAACAGCAACCACAAGAGCGGCGGCGGCGAGCGGGGAGAGUGCGGGGCCGACUACCUGAGCGGGCUCCUGGCCCCGCAGCAGAAGGCGCACGUGCCUCAGCUGAAGCGGGAGCCCGAGUGGAGUGACAGCGACCUCUCCUCCUCCCUGCCCUGUCAGAUUGCCACCUGUGCCCAGACCAGCAUGAGCCUGCAGCCCACCCCGCCCACCUCCCCGGAGCCCUCCAGUGCCGCCAGCUCUGCCUGCCCUUCCCCUGCCUCGUCCACUGCCCCCAGCAAGGACCGGGCGGGCAAGAAGAACCUCGACCGCUUCAGCCCCGAGUACCGGCAGCGGCGGGAGCGCAACAACAUCGCCGUGAGGAAGAGCCGGGACAAGGCGAAGAAGCGCAACAUAGACAUGCAGCAGAAGCUGCUGGAGCUCUCCUCCGAGAACGACAAGCUGCACAAGAGGAUCGACAUGCUGACCAGGGACUUAACCAACCUCAGGCACUUCUUCAAGCAGCUGCCCCCCACAGCCACCGCCGGCACCUUCCUCUCCAGCCUGGGGGGCUUAGACUGCCGGUAACCUGCCCCCAGCACCAGGACUGUGUGACCAACUCUGAAUACCUCAGCCCAGCAGAGGGCUCCAGUGAGCAGGGAGGGCUGCCCGCCCCCCAUGCUGGGACUUUUAAGACUGAGCCGACAGCAGACUGUUCUCAUACUCUAAUAGUGCAAUAAAGCUGUGUUGCCAAUACCUUGCAGAAGGGACUGGGAGUGUGGGCUCUAAUGCCCCAUGUGUGCCAGGCAAUCAAGUGCCAAAGAGCUGGCUUCCUAUCAAGUAUUGUAACUAAAGGUGCAGGGUUGCCAGCCUCCUGAUGGAUGGUGAGGCAGGUCUCAGCCUGGCACACAUGCUGGGAGGUACGGACUGUGAGCCUUGGCAUGGACUGUUGUUUGCCAUGGAACCCUCUCCUCAGUGCCCGCUUGUCUAGUGCCUUGUCCUGCUAGAACCCAUGUGGAGCCAUCCCAGUAGCAGAAGCAUUGGACAGGUUCUGUUAGUGCCUUGCCUGGUCCAAGCCGCCUGUCGCUGGAAGUACUGUAUGGGGAAGGAACGUUUUGGGCAGUGCCAAAUAGAAAUUGUGCUGGUCUUCAGUUUCUCUAAUGAAUGUGUAGCCAAUAACCGUGCUACCCUGGAAAUAUAGAACUAUAAAUAUAUUUUAUAUAUAAUAUGUAUUUUUCCUCUCUAUAAAACAAAGCUAAGACAUUUCCCUUCCUUAAAUUAUUUUUGUAAUUUUGGUUUUCUAUACCCUGUAUUGAUGCAGCUAUGGUACAUUGGAGACAAAGAGACUUUGUAUUGUAGAUAUUAGGGACAGAAAAUGAGCAUGCUCAACUUUUUAUAUGAUCAUUUUUACAGCAUUUUUAAGAAUAAAACCGUAAAAUGCA